AUGGCCUCUAACCAGGAUGUCAAAAUAACACUCUACUGGCUUGAAAACUCCCGUGCACAGCGGAUUGUCUGGCUGCUGGAGGAGUUGAGGCUCCCCUAUGGGUUGAAGAUGUUCAAGCGGAUGAAGGACAUGCAGGCCGACGCUCAGCUGAAAGAGAUUCAUCCUCUAGGAAAAUCACCAGUUGUCACAGUAGAGACACCGUAUACCCCGAAACCGCUGGUCUUGGCGGAAUCUGGAGUCAUAGUGGGAUAUCUUAUCGACUGCUUUGGGAGCAAAGAUACCCUUAGCCAAUGCGAGCGAUUCCGGCCAGGUUGUGACCAUUCUGUCGGGAGGGAGUCGGAGGCCUGGAUGAGAGAGCAAUACUUCAUGCAUUAUGUGGAAGGGAGCUUGAUGCCAUUCCUUCAGCUUGAGGCCGUUGUCUCCAACAUUCGCAACGCCCCGGUACCCUUUUUCAUUAAGCCAGUAACAAGAAUGAUAUCCAACAAAGUCUACGAAGCCUACCUUGGUCCCAAUUUGAGGAGACACCUGGAUUUCUUGGAGGAACAAAUCGAGUCGUCGCCAGAAGACGGCCGAUAUCUCUGUGGCAAUCAGCUGUCCGGGGCUGAUAUCCUGAUAGUUUACGCACUGGAAGUUGAAGAGGCAAAUGGGCUUCUCAAUCAGAAAGAUUAUCCGAGACUGACGGCAUACCUGCGUCGUUUGCGAGAGCGUGAUGGGUUCAAACAGGCUACUGCCAAGGUUGAAUCAGCGGGCGGGAGUACGUCACCCUUACCUAGACAGUGA